GAUGAGAGCAGGGCAGCAGCACCGAGGUGAGAAGAACCAGCCGGAGGAACCAGGAGGAACCGGGAGGAACAGAAACCGGGGCGGUUCGCUGCUGUUUUACUGCAUUAUUGGUGUAAUUUUAUCAGAGAGACUGAGCUGAGCGCUUGUGAUUAUAAUAAACACUGUUAAAGUGAUUAAACGCUGCUGCUGGCUGGCUGACUAAUACAAGAACGAGAGGCGGUGGGUACGGAGCGCGUGUGGACCUCUGAAGUCAGGAGAUGCCCCUGGCACAGCUAGCAGACCCUUGGCGCAAGAUGGCCAUCGGGAGUGAGGAUGCCAACCAGGUCUUGGAGGAUUCCUUAGAGGACUAUGAUAACGUGUCAUGUCAAGAUGAUGUACUGGUCAAGGAGAUCAGCAUCACACAUCAUGUUAAGGAAGGUUCGGAGAAAGCCGACCCCGAGGACUUCGAGCUGCGGAAGGUUUUGGGACAGGGCUCGUUCGGGAAGGUCUUCUUGGUGAAGAAGAUUACAGGGCCGGACGCUGGACAGCUCUACGCCAUGAAGGUGCUGAAGAAAGCCACGCUGAAAGUGCGUGAUCGGGUCAGGACUAAAAUGGAGCGAGACAUUCUGGUGGAGGUGAAUCACCCGUUUAUUGUAAAGCUGCACUACGCAUUCCAGACGGAGGGGAAGCUUUAUCUGAUCCUAGACUUUCUACGAGGAGGAGAUCUCUUCACCCGCCUGUCUAAAGAGGUAAUGUUCACGGAGGACGACGUGAAGUUUUACCUAGCCGAGCUAGCGUUAGCACUGGACCAUCUUCACGGAUUAGGGAUCAUCUACCGAGACCUCAAACCAGAGAACAUCCUGCUAGAUGAUGACGGGCACAUUAAGCUGACAGAUUUCGGUCUCAGUAAAGAGGCGAUCGAUCACGAGAACAAGGCCUACUCGUUCUGCGGGACGGUGGAGUACAUGGCUCCAGAGGUGGUGAACCGCAGGGGACACACCCACAGCGCUGACUGGUGGUCAUACGGCGUGCUGAUGUUUGAAAUGUUGACCGGAACGCUCCCCUUCCAAGGCAAGGACCGCAAGGAAACCAUGACCAUGAUCCUGAAGGCCAAGCUGGGCAUGCCUCAGUUCCUCAGCCCGGAAGCUCAGAGUCUCCUGCGCAACCUUUUCAAACGGAACCCCGCCAACCGGCUGGGUGCUGGACCUGAUGGGGUCGAAGAAAUUAAGAGGCACCAGUUUUACGCCUCCAUUGACUGGAAUAAAUUAUUCAGGCGAGAGCUUUAUCCGCCCUUCAAACCGGCUUCUGGGAGACCCGACGACACGUUCUACUUCGACCCAGAAUUCACAGCUAAAACUCCCAAAGAUUCACCGGUGAUGCCCCCUAGUGCCAAUGCCCAUCAGCUCUUCAGAGGGUUCAGUUUUGUGGCUAUCAGCACGGAGGAGGAAACUCAGCCGCUGCAGAGCAACAUCAGCACUAUAGUGCAGCAGCUGCACAGGUCCACGUCCCUGUUCAGCGACUCGUACGAGGUGAAGGAGGACAUCGGGGUCGGCUCGUACUCCAUCUGCAAGCGCUGCGUCCAGAAGAACACGGGCAUGGAGUACGCCGUCAAGAUCAUCAACAAGGCUAAGAGAGAUCCGACAGAGGAGGUGGACAUUCUCUUACGCUACGGCCAGCAUCCCAACAUCAUCACGCUGAAGGAUGUGUACAAUGACGGGCGCUCGGUCUACCUGGUCACCGAACUGCUGAAAGGUGGAGAGCUGCUGGAUAAGAUCUUACGACAGAAGUUCUUCUCAGAGAGAGAAGCUAGUGCGGUCCUCUACACCAUCACCAAAACCGUGGAGUAUCUGCAUGCACAAGGGGUGGUUCACAGAGACCUGAAGCCGAGUAACAUCCUCUACGUGGACGAAUCCGGAAACCCAGAGUCAAUCCGGAUCUGCGAUUUUGGCUUCGCCAAGCAGCUGAGGGCGGAGAACGGCCUGCUGAUGACGCCCUGCUACACUGCCAACUUCGUAGCGCCUGAGGUGCUGAAGAAGCAGGGUUAUGAUGCAGCGUGUGAUAUCUGGAGUCUGGGUGUUCUCCUGUACACCAUGCUGACCGGGUUCACGCCGUUCGCUAACGGACCAGGGGACACGCCGGAGGAGAUCCUGGCUAGAAUCGGCAGCGGCAAGUUUUCUCUCACGGGCGGAUACUGGAACUCCGUCUCCGCUGAGGCUAAGGAUCUUGUAUCCAAAAUGCUGCAUGUGGAUCCUCACCAGAGGUUAACAGCUGCACAAGUACUGAGGCACCCGUGGAUCGUUCUUAAAGACCAGCUCCCCAAAUUCCAGCUCAACCGACAUGAUGCUCCUCAUCUGGUCAAGGGAGCCAUGGCUGCUACAUACUCCGCCCUAAACAGGCACGUCCCCCCAAAACUGGAACCGGUGGGCUGCUCCAUUCUCGCUCAGCGCCGAGGGGUGAAGAAAGUCACCUCCACCGCUCUCUGAUCCCCACCGUCUCGUUCCCAACCACAGACCAAAAGACCUCCGGCCCCAGCGCUAGCACACGUCCCCGCCUGCCCGUCGCCGACCUGCCCUGGUUCCCUGUGUGAGGGCGUGGAUGCUGAACCUGGACUCUCUAAUCCAUCAGAUUUUUUCCUGAUUCUUCCUAAUCUGCCAUUAAAAGCGGAUCAAUAAAGUCUGUGCUUGUACAAUCAGUGCUGCCUCAACACGAGCAGAGGAUCCGGAACCUUCCGAGGAACACUAUUUUGGGAAACAAAAAAGGACCGUGACGUGUUGAUGAACUUGUUAUAUAGUGUAAAAUCUAUCUUUUAUAUAAGUGGUAAAAUUAUAUUGUAUGAAGAGACUGUGGGCUGCUGUAUUAUAAAAUGUUACGUACAAAUAUAAGCUACUUCCAAGCAAAUCCAAUCCAAAUCAGGUCUGGAAUGAUUAAGAUCUAACAGACGUUUAUUAUUCCGACUCGGAGAAGCUGCUGUAGUAUUUUAGGACCUUUUAUCCUACCUGGUUUAAAAUAUACAAUGAGGGGCCAAAAGUAUGAGACUACUAAUAAAAAUGUUUCUAUAUUUUAAUUUCCUUCAAUUUAAUACAGUGUUUUUCAUUCCAAAUAAUUUACUCAGCAUAACAAUAUGAGUGAAAAGCUGAGUUUUGAUUAUUUGGCAUGUUCCCAUGUUUAAGAACGUCUUGUGAGGCGGCUCAGGUGGCGCAGCUGUAAAAUACACUAGCACAGCGAUCCCCAACCUUUUUUGCACCACGGACCGGUUUCAUAUAAGAUAUAAUUUCAUGGACUGGCAGGGGUGGUAGGAUUUUAAAUAAAAUAACUAUACUGCUCACAAAUUAGCUUUUCUCGCUGCAACAAGACGCUGCUUCCACCUGGGGGUGAUAUGAGACGAUAAACACCCAUGUGUUGGAAAUGGAAGCAUUUUUUUUUUAUUGCUGAUGUAGUGAUCUCUAAUUAUUUAUUCUUUCUGUGCGGCCCGGUAAUAAAUGACCCACAAACCGGUAUCGGUCUGUGGCCCGGUGGUUGGGGACCACUGCACUAGCACACCAGAGCUACCAACCAUUGGCUGCUGUUCAGGGAUGGAACGAGCCGGAGCAGGGUUCCUCAUAACUGGAGCAAUUACGACCUCUGCUGGCUGAUUGAUGUCGCCUGUGCAGAGUUUGGGAAUAAUGGUCCGCAUAUGAACUCGUGCAGGUGAAAAGAGACAGUGAAUACUGCUCACGUGUCGGAGGGGGCGUGUGUCAGUUGCGAAGCUCCUCAGUCAGCAGUGGAGGGUUGUAUGGAGGUGUAUAGAGGUGAAGCGUAACGCAAUUGGUAAUUGGAAAAGAACGUCUUGUGAUGUUACUGAACGUUCAGUGAUGUUUAGAUCAGGUGACCGUGGACACACCAGUAAUAGUUGCAAAGCUUUGAGACUUUUUGAGCUUUGAGAGUGAAAACACUGUAUUAAAUUCAAGAGAAAUUAAAAAAUAAAUAAUAUUUUGGCUCCCACUGUAUUUACAAAUAUACGUAUGAUUUACUGGAACGCUUCAGCGGGAAAAAAUUAAAUGAACUAAUUUUAUCUGCAAACGUGCAACACAUUUAGUCCAACCUUGCUUCAUAACCAUUACACUGUAUUAAAGGCUUAUUCAUUAUUUAUUCAUUACACUCACUCACAUUUAAGGGUAAUUUAGGUUAGCUAGACAAGCUUCUACACUGCAGUGACUCAAAACAAGGAUCGAACCACUGGUUUUGGGAUUAACCUAGUGGUCAUUAACCUACUGAUGUGUGGAAGGUAACCAGAGCACCUGGAAGAAGCCUGUGUGGACACUGGGAAAACUGGAUGCAAGAAUCAAACUGGUAUAAACCUGAUUCGAAUGGCUCACUAUUAGUUGAUUGAUGCUGUAUUAUUCAUUCCACAAGUCUGUCUGGUUUCAACUUUUAUUUAAAACACCUGAUAGAGAUAUCCAUAUAUUAUAUGCCUUUAUAAUAUUUGCUUUGUCCUGUAUUUCCAAAGUCGUCAGCUUGGCAAAGUCUUCUGUAAUCAAGGCUUAUCCACUUAUUCAACAGCAUUGACUACCUGACUAGUUUUCACAUACACUAGUAGUAACAAUACACUACUAGUAAUAAAAAAGAAAAUACUCAUAUUUGUAUCUAGUACCCUUACCACUUUAACCCUUCCUGUUUUUGAACAACCUCUUGAUUUUGCUUUGUAAGUAUAAUUAUAAAAUUGUUUAUUUAGUAUCUGAUUGAUUUGUUUGACGUUUUAAAUGCUUUAAGAAUUUUUUGGAAUAUCUAUAGAGAAAAUGAAGGAGUAACUAAUAGAACAGGCAGCUGAAAACAGAGCAAUCACUAUUAAGCUGUCAUGUGAUGGCCAUUCCAUAAAUGUGAAGAGAUCUGAGUCUUGUUAAGUGCGUCAUUAUAAAUGAAAUUAAGCUUCAUCCUUAAAGCGCGACCAACAUAAGCUGGACGUAAGUGUACAUACAUUAAACUCUCAGGUGUUCCCACUGUAUCGCAUUGCUCAGUACAACACGCACCCAUGCAAGUAUUGUUCCAUGAUCUACUCAGUACAGUACAAUAUAUUUUUAUAUCUGUGUACAAGGGUUGCUUUAAAUUAUUUGAAUGUACGCUAAGCUGGGAGGUCUGCUCGUCAUCUGAAGCGUGGUUGAGGACGUUUUUCAUCUUUGCUUCUGAAUAAACUUUAAUUCUGGCAUUAA